CUUCCUGCCCCCCUUUGGGACCCCCCACCCCUUGGAAUACCCCACCCCCUUCCUUGGAAUGCGCACCUUCCUCCCCUCCAUCUCUUAGAAUGUCUCACUUCCUUCACAUCAAUUCUGGGCCUCCCUGAAGCCCUUGCUUCAACGUGAAGCUUCUUUGCUGAGCCCUGAAUGGCCUCCCAUUUCUUCGGUAUUUCUGCCUCUAGAUACAGUACUUUUAUUUGUCCAUUGCCUCCCCCAAUAGACUGGCAGCGUUUUGAAGGCAGGCAUUCUUUUCUUAGGGUUUCCCUGGUGCCUGGUGCAGGGUAGGCCCUGAGUGGAUGUUGGUUGGUUGGUUGAUGGAUCGAAGGCCCUCCUGGAUGAGAGCUGGCUGGCAGGAGACCCUCUCCAACCCAAGGGCUCCAGGUAAAGCCCUCCCUCGCCUAGCCCAAGAGGUCCUGCAGGGCUCAGGAAUACUGGUCACCAUCCUUGUGGCCCUCCCUCCCAGAGGCCCAUGGAGCAGCCCUGGCUUUCCAGAGACCCAGGAAGGGCAGCUGUGACUUUCUGCUGGUGAGGGCAGGGAUUGACCCGGGACCUUUUCGGACAGACAGAGAAUGAAACCUUGACUUCGGCUAACAAGUUUCUGGGAAGGUGCCCAGCCUGGAUGGGAGCUGAAAGGCCCCCAUCCCAGUUGUCAGCUCUGCCCCACCAGCCUCCCCCUUUUCUUGCUCUGGAUCCCAAUUUCAAGCAGCUAGCUUGCCUCAGGAGCCUGGGGAUUCUCCCUGGGAAGGAAGCUCUCCAGACUCAUCCCAUGGACCAGGCUCCUGCUCCUAGUGCCUGUGACAUCAUCGGCUCUCUCCAGGCCCCUGUGACCUCACUGUCUGCAAGGCCCAGCCCAGUUGGGUUCCUGGGCCCCCACCAAGUCCAUGGCCACUUGCCUCAGACCAUCUACAAGAGGCAGAGGGGUAGAUGUCCUCCCCCUUAUCGUUAAAUCCGGAAGCUGUGUCCAGCGCUGAAGAUGGAAACUCGGAGACCGCCAUAAGCAGUGAUAAUGACAUAAACCAACCCAAAGACAGCGUCCUCUCCACAAGCAGUUCCGAAGGGUCCCAGGGAGCUUUGCUUUUCCCCAGAAAGUCCUAUCCUGAUUCCAAGGACUCUCUCAGUGAAGGCGGCUCUUCCGGGUCCCAGAAUGACCCGCAGGAUACGUCCGACAUCCAGGUGCAGGACACAACAUCGGAGAACCAGUUCCAGAGUUCGUCUUCGGAGACCCAGCUUGAGAGUCCAUCAUCGGAAGACCACUUCCACAGCCAAGCAUCGGAGAACCAGGUCCAGAGUCCGUCUUCGGGGGGCCCUCUGCAGAGCAAGCUCUCGGAGAGCGAGCUCCAGAGUCCGCUGUCUGAGAACCAGUUUCACACCACAUCCUCGGAGAACGAGCUGGAGGACGCGCCAUCGGAGGCUGAGGCAGAGAGCCCAAGGCUAGCCCAGAGUUACACGGAGGAGCCCUCCCACGUCUCGCUGGAGGAGACCGUUACUUCUUCCUAUAACAUCCAAGUGUCGUUCACGGAGGAGAGGACCGAAGAGCUCCUUGCCCCUCGGCCCGGCCCCACUUUGCGCAACAGGAACAGCCAAUUGGCUGUGCGAUACCCCUCUGUCCCCCACUCCAGCUCUUGCCUAGUCAGUGAGGAGAAUGUCAGCUACAUGCGGUCCAUCACCAGUCUCGUGGGGGGUGGCGAAGGGCCCAUCCGUUCUCUGUCCGACAUCUUGGUUUGGACGGAGACAGCCAUAGGCACAGCCACCGGGUUUCUGGACUCCAGCCGGACAUCUGUGUCUGAUGUGCUUCAUGGUACGGGGACUGCCCUCCGGUCAAUGACCAGCCUGCUGGGUGGGGCACGCACCAUCCUGACCACUGGGCUCUUGACCAGAACUAGUUCCGUGCUUCGGACGAUGACCCAUCUGAUAGGAACCAUUGAGAGAAGAACUGUGGAGGGCCUCCGCUCUGCCUUCCGCUUUAUGACUAGCCAUAGCUCCACAAGAAGGAACAACUCCAGGCCAUGCCCUGAAUAAGAUCUACCAGGAGCAGUGGGGCCAAGGGGGCUGGCACCAUGGCCCCCGCCAGCCCCCCGUCCACCCACUCCCCCCUCCAGAUCCAGUACCUCUUUUUCUUAGACCAGGCAAAUAAAUCAGCAACGCCCGUUUAUUUUUUAA